AUGUCAUCUAUAUUCCCUCAACGACCUACCAAUCACUAUCGACGUAUUUCAUCCACUGAAAACGCCAACAUCAAUCGCAUCGGUAACGGGAAAACAUCUUCUCCUACUCGACAACCUCGUCAAUCCAAUUCGAAAUCGCCACUUUCUCCUCUACGAUCUCGAUCUCAUACACAUGGUUGUCAUCAUGCUUCGUCUGUCACUUCCCAUUCGACUAAACCCCAUUCACUCCCGCCUUUACGCCCCCCUACUACACCUUUACCCUUGUCCUCGCCUCUGACUCGACCUCCCAUCACCCCUCGCGCCAACAGUAUGAUGUACAAUAAUCCUUACCAAUGGGGUGGCCAAUCGGCAAAUGGAAUGAUGCCAGGUGGUUAUAAUCCAUAUAUGAUGCCUGGCUCAACGAUGAAUGGUUUCAAUCCCAGCAAUGCUGGUGGUAGUGGCGCCAUGUCAGCUCAGAGCGGUAUGACCGAUGGAGGUAUGAGGCCAUUCGAUUCAUCCAAGAUGAAACAGGGUCGGAUGGGCCAUUAUGGAUACCUUGAAGGUCGAGAACUGGCAGGACCACCCGUCGGUUUCUUACCUGCUGGAGUUCAACCUGAGCAAUAUCAUUCCCCGUCACCUUCAGCACGUGGCCAAGGUCAAAUUUCCCCCUCACACCGAGUCGCAAGUACAGCCGGUCAGUCGUAUUACACCGCACCUGCACCUUCGGGAGGUGAUUCAGUAAAUGGCUCGAUGGCUUGGGGCGAUAUGGGUAACACACCCAGAGCGAGGUAUGAUGGAUCCUCAUCAGCCGCUGGGUACGUCCAAGCUGACUUGGAUACUCCCUACCCCCGUACUUCGGGUGGAGGAGCUUCGUCAGCAUUCACAAGGUACGGUCCGGAUGGAUCGGUCGUUAAUGGUAUAGACGGGAGGAUGGGUAUCAAUCAUAGAAGAAUGAGAGAAGGUAGAGUUUAG